AUGGUUCCUCACUUCCUGAUCCUGCAGCUCAUGAUGCUUCUAUGGCAAUCCGAUGCUCAACAUCCUUCAUAUUUGUGGAUCGAUGACGAUGGCUGUGUUGUAGUCACAGCAAAGAAGGAAGAACUCAUGGCGUUCUCACAGAGAGUAGGUCCUAUACCAGGAGAGUACUGUGGACCUUCGACAGGCCUGGAGGGUCUCAAUCAUUUGAUCAAUACAUCGUCCGACGUUCGACAAGGAUGCUCUCUUAUGGAGAUGUGCUACUACGAAUGGGAUUGUGAUUACACCGACUAUACCGAGAUGUGCGGUAUGGAGACGGAUGACAACGCAAUCCAAGAGAGCAGGAACUGCGUGGUCGUUCCAAUCAAGGCAAGAAUUGCCAAUGGAAAGUCGUUUGACCGAAGCGAGAUGUGCCAACCGGAUCUGGUAGAGUUGAACACCAGCCGCCGACCAUCGUGGUCAAUGUCACAGGCUCCAUCAUUGGCUCCCUCCCUGGCACCAUUGCAUCCUGUUGCCCCUUCUAUUACGUGGACUGACGAAGACAGUUGCGUUGUAGCCACGCCGAAGAAGGAAAAACUGAUGGCUUUCCUGAAGAGAGUGGGUCCAGUUUCGGGAGAGUACUGUCGACCCGAGACUGGCACGGAAACUUUCAAUCCUGGGGUAACGGCUCCCGCCAUGGACCUUUCUCAAGGAUGCACCAUUGAGGAGAUGUGUUACUUCGAGUGGGACUGUGAUUACACCGACUAUACCGAGAUGUGCGGUAAGGAAACAGAUGACAACACAAUUGAAGAGAGCAGGAACUGCGUGGUCGUUCCAAUCAAGGCAAGAAUCGCAAAUGGAAAGUCAUAUGACAGGAGCGAGAUGUGCCAGCCGGAUCUGACAACCUUGAAUACAAGUGCCCCUCCAUCGCAGACUCCUUCUGAAGGAGGCGAAGAGAAAGCAGGCGACGAGAGCGGAGAGAUUCGAAACUGGUAUAUGAAGUGGCAGCUAUUCAUACUCCUCGUGUGCGUGGUGUUUCACUAG